GUGAUCUGCGAAAAGAGACAGAAUGGCCGAGUCAAGUGAUGCACAGUUGGUAUUGGUGACAGGGGCGUCGGGAUUUAUAGCGUCACAUAUUAUCAAACAGUUGCAGACGUCGGGCUAUAGGGUACGAGGCACGGUACGAAGCUUGGAGAAUGAGGCCAAGAUAAAACCCCUAAAAGAGCUCUGUCCUGAUGCUGAACACCAACUUGAACUCGUUGAAGCAGAUCUCUUAAAGCCAGAAACUUGGGAAAGUGCUGUUAAAGACUGCAACUACGUCAUUCACACUGCCAGCCCAUUCCCCAAUCAGGUCGUGAAGGACCCAGAAACGGAACUUAUCCAACCAGCUGUAGAGGGCACCACUAACGUAUUAAAGGCGAUACAGGCUGGCAAAACUGUCAAACGUGUCGUCAUCACAAGCAGCAUUGCUACAGUUAUAGGUGGCGAAACUGGGGUUGACACAACAAAGACAUAUACAGAGGAAGAUUGGGCCAAUGUUGAUAAACUAGAUGGCUAUUCCAAAAGUAAAACACUGGCAGAGAAAGCUGCAUGGGAUUUCCUCAAAGAACUGCCAGAGGAGGAACGAUUUGAAAUAGCAACUAUUCAACCAGGCUAUGUAUUGGGACCUAUCAUCCAUGGAAGUAUGUGCACCAGUAUGGAGGUGCCCAAGAAGCUUCUGGAGCGAGCUAUGCCAGGACUCCCCAAACUUAACUUUAACAUUGUUGAUGUCCGUGACGUAGCAGAAGCCCAUAUUAAGGCAAUGACUGCACCAGAGGCUGCUGGGAAGAGACAUAUUGCCGUCACCCAUAAUAUGUGGAUCCGGGAUAUUGCAUCUGUCAUCGCAGAGGAGUACAGACCACAAGGCUACAAUGUGCCUACUUGGCAGCUCCCCAACUUUGCAGUUUGGGUCGGUGGAAUGUUUGAUAAAACUGUCAAAUUGACAGUUCCCCAGCUCGGCAAACAGUACAAGCUAGAGAGUACUAAGUUAAAAGAAGUGCUAGGGAUUGAACCCAAAGAUUCAAAGGAGACCAUAUUAGAUAUGUGUAGCACUAUGAUUGAAGGAGGAUGGGUAAAGAAACCAAAGCCCAAAAAGCAGAAGGCAUCCAAGGCAAAGAAAGAUGAAGAGGCAGUUGAGAAUCACGUAGCAGAAGGAUCAGCUGAUGCCAAGAAUGAAGAAGAAAAGAAAGAAGGCGAAGAGACGGAAGAGAAAAAAGAAGAAGAAAAACCAGCUGAGUCAGAUGAAAAACCCACCGAAGAAAAACCUGAGGAAAAACCAGAAGAAAAAUCAGAAGAGAAAACAGAGGAAAAAGCGGAAGAGAAAUAAUAGCCAUGGCAACCCUUUUUGUUUCCAUGAGAAUUCCAUAUUUGAUGUGACCAAUUUUAGAAAGACACUGUUCGCUGGUUGUCAUUUAGGCUAGCAAUUUGUUAAAGAAACACCAUUACUCAGAAGUACCAUACCGUGUGUUAGAUCGAUAAAACAGUGGGCAUAUUUACAGAAAAGAAAUCUCAUAUUAAUACUACUCGAACAAUAGGCACUAUUUUGUAUUAACGAAAACUGGUAAAAUGUGAUUUAAUCAGCCUAUAUCAGUUACAUAUGUAGCAACUGGUAAGUGAGCACUAGUGUGUUUUUCAUAUUAGAUGCAGAGACUUAAUAGAACUUUGAGAUCAUCAGAUAAUUACUUUGUGCAAUCCAAUUACUUUAUUUGGCUAGUACUUCCAUAUUAGGCCAUGCUUACCAUAUAUGGUCAACACUACCAUAUUUGGCAAACGAAUCUCAAUUCCACUCAAUCUGAGUCGAAAGAACAUCCAUGGGAUGAAAAUGCAUGUUAUUAAAUUAGAGGCCAGUGUAGUUGUAUGUUUUAAAUAUAUAACAAAGUCAGAAGUCCGGGGGAAACAAAAAUGUACAGACUUAUGUACGAGUUUGUAGGUAACACCAUUAAUUGUAUCGAAAUGAAAUAUACAUUUGAGAUAUGGAGUGAAAUAUGUGAAAUGCUUGGAAUAAGGGUCCACUAACAUUGACAUACAAACACGUUCAAUUGGAGGACUAACUUUGAAUGGGUUAAUGGGUAUGUCCAUAUUUGGAUAUUGAAAUGUGGCCAUGAUAGCUUUUACAACUAAAAUCCAGUAAUUUGUACAUUUUAUACAAUUUUGGACAUUUUUGUACAAAUAUAUUCCCAAAUAAGUUUAUUUUCAAACUGAAAUUUUUCAAAAAAGCACUUUCUGUUUUAGGUCAAUAGCAGUAAAAGUGAAAGAUAGGUCAGUGGGUAUCAUUAGGCAUGUUAGCAUUUGAUAGAAAUAUAUGGGAUUAAAGGGGUUAAUUUCAGUAUGCCCAUAUUUGGACAUUGUUUUACGUGGUAGGUCAGCUGAUUUGACGUCAGUGUAUGCAUAUAUUAUGUCAUAUGCAUUCGAAUUAUUAUCCUAUGAAUGUUCAAUUAUAUUUUCUUAUUUAUUAUUUUCUUAUUUAUUAUUGUUGUACUUAAGACUAGAGAACCACCAAAAGUUGUCAACUAGAGAUAGUUUCCAUAGUAACUUAGACUACUAAUAGUAACUAGUAUAUAAAUCUGUUGCCAUAGCAAUCAAAUUACUAUUGCAAUCAAAUUGCUUGCCAAUAUUGUAUUUACAAAUGCCAUGAUAUGCUUAUAUAUAUGUCAAUGUUUUGUAAAUAUAAACCCAUGUUUUUAUUAUCAUUGUGUGAACGUAAAUGUGCAAUGGGUUCCAGUAUGGGACACCCUGUAUUAGUGUAACACUUUGUAUUAAUAGGAUAUACUGCAUUUGAAAGACAUCGUAUUUAUGAGAUACUCCAUAUUUAUUGCAUCCCUGUAUUAAGGAUAUUUCAAAUUCAUGGGAUACCCUGUAUUAGGGAUAUGCAUAUCCCAUCACAGUUAUCGUAACUAUGAGUGCUCUUCGCUAAGGUGAUUUGGACGUUGCCAUGGAAACUUACUGUUAACACCACUUUGAGCGAACAGAAAUAUUAUCUCAUUAGCAUAGUUUCACAAAUUCACUUGUAAGCCCCCUCCCAUUUAAAAAACACUGUGGGAUGGAGAACAGGAGGAAACAAGUGAGUGUCUGUGUAAAACUGCAUAGUUUAAUGUAUUUUAAAUGACCUAUAGAUUCAUCAUAAUUACCCUGAAAAUUCAAUAUAUUUUGAUACAUAUAAUCAUAUGAUAUCAUAAAAUAAGACAAUAGCUCACUAUAACUUCUUGGAUUUUGUAAAAAGUGUAACGCCAUGUCACAGUCCAUAUUCAGAAAUAUGUAACACUGCAUAUGAAAUAUGUAACACUGUUCACUGAGUAUUAUUGUUCGCAUAAUCUGAAAAACUUUGUAUUGAUAUGUAUAUUAUAUGUUAUUACACGUAAACUGCAAAAAUACCAUUCCGUGAGUGAGUAAAUGUCUCAUUGACCAUGCCUAUUUCACUGUAUUUUUCUCUAAAAUUUGAAUGAAUUGCCAAAUUUUGGGGUAUUUCUAUACGAUUUUUUGUGUUGACUACACACCACAUGUUUAUUCAUUCCAUGCUCAUUUACACUCAAUGUUGAGUAUAAAAAUGGUUGCCAUGACAUGAGUGAUAUGUACAUGUGGUACAUGUUCAAAACAUAGUGUUACAUAAAUCGCUAACCCUCCCCCUUAGUCUUUUUGACUUGUUAUGAUGGGGAAAUAGAGAAUAAAGGGUGGGAGGAUACUUGAUGUAAGAUCAACCUCAUCCCCUUCUCAGUAUGUGUGUU